UUGCUAACAUAAAUUCAAAAUCGUCUGCGAGCCUGGGUCUUUGUUUACAUUAUGUGAAAUGUCAUAGGUGUAAGAAUUAAUAGCUCCAGGCCACUGCAAUAGUAGAAAAUAUGUGAAAACGAACGGAUUGUUUGACAGUUUAUUUCUCAGAAGUAAAACUGCUCCAUCACAACAAAUAAAGUUGAUGCUUUAUUGCCAAGAUCAGAGGUAGCAGAAGAUUUGCUGACAGACCUGCUGUCUAUUAUGUUGGAGUUCCUUUGUUCUUGGCCUGUGACAUUUCGUGGAGCAUUGGUGCUUUUGUUAACAUGGAGUGGAAUCUUACAUGUUGUAACAAACAUCCAACUGGUAAAGUUCACGGCUUGACCAGAUGUCCAUCUCAGGUGAAUGUCAAUCAUUUGAAAUCCUUGUCACACACAAUGCAGACUCAGGACAGUGAAAAACUGGUAGCUAUCAGCCCAAAUGUGUCUGUGUGCAAAGAGGUGUCAGAGUGCCUCAGCAGCUGGUUUAACUACUUACAGAUGCUAAAUGGCCUCUGUAGUGCUGGUUCAAGACUAUCAGAGGCUCUUGGGGGCAUGGUACGAGACACAAAUUCUCCAUCAUAUGCCAUUGCAGUCCAGUGUCACUCUGCAUGGGAAGAAUUAGUGAAGGCAACUGCAGCUGCCACUUCAGCAGUAAAAAGUCAGGUUACUACGACUUUGCAGGACGUCAAUAAUCAAGAUAGCACUGAAAGUAGUCAGGUGGUUUGUGGCAGCCUCAUGACAUUUGUGAAGCUGCAGCAGCAGUUCUGUGCUUCGUGUAGCGAAUUCUUGAGCUCUGUGCCAACGUGCAGCUGUAGCUCCUCCCAUGACCCUGACUGUGGCAUCGGUGUACUACAGCAGAGUCUGGCACGUAUGUAUGCCCCAGUGCCACCGUGGCCACAACGCAGAUGGUCAGAGGCUGCAGCUACCGACCUUGGGGGAGAAGGGGAUGCAACUGCUCCUCGCCGCUGGUCUGUCCCAUGCCCACCCCAGCGGGGAGCUGCCAAACUUGGAGUUCCUUCACAGGACCGAAGCCGAUCUGCUACUCCAGAUUCAGUGUGGCGGAGCUCAUUGGCAAGCCAAGAUGAGCUUCAGGAGGUCAUACAGUUGUUGUCUGUGCAACCUCAACAGGCAACACAACUGCAUCAUCCAAGUAUGCACAUGCCAGGAGUCACCUUAACAAACUGCUCUGGAGAUGGAAACUUGCCUGAAUCUGGUACUGGCUGGGGUGAAGGACACUCUGAAGAGCGGCGGGCAAGUGCACCAUUGAGAAACAAUAGUGGCUCUCCACAACCUUCACAAAGCACUCAUCGAGCUAGUUGGCAUGCUCCAGAUCCUCAUUCUUGCACGUGGGGAGAGCAUGAGCUGUUUCCUCCAACACUAGACCCAGCAAAUUUUGCAUCUCGUAAAAGCAGCUCUUCUACAGAUUCAUCCUCCAGUCAUUCAUUGCACAGUCGUUCAACAACAGGGUCCGAGGGUGGUGCAGAAGUUCGUGCACAUUUAUACUCAAUGUGGAGUGGUGGUGAUAUGGCUUUCAUGAGGGUGCCAGAAUCAGCUGAGUUACCAGAUGGUCCAAGUCAUACUGAUAAUUGAACUUAAAAAAACUUUUAACUAUAAAUGUUGUGUGCAUGUGAUUUUAAAGGUACAAAUUAUGAGAUUGUUUAAUAUAGUUUAUGAAUGUUCAUAUUUCUUCUUUAUAAACUGUGGUGCUAUACCAUUGCAGAUGUCACCCAUAA